AAAAAUAUGAAACAAAACAAAACAAAAAAAAAAUAAGAAUAAAAAAAAAGUAAAAAACAAAAAAGACAUUGCGAAUUGGGAAUUUAUGAGGCAAGAAGAAUGCAGCAAUUGCAAAGCAAGGGUGUAGGAAUGGGAUUGAAAGGCCUUUGAGUCGUUCGUCCAUUCCUUUCCCUUCUUCCAUUUCCGUGAUCGCCAAGCUGCACCCUGAAGGUCCGUUGGACACUAACCCUUUGUUGAUGGCGCACCCUACUCACCUUGUUAUUGACAUCACGGGGAGUUCCGGACCUUCCACAUCUUCCUCUGAUCCCCGUGAUGUAGACUUUGGUGCUUUCAAUUCUAGGACUAGGCGGCGAGGGGAUAAUGUGGCUAGGCAUAGGAGUCCCUUGAAUUCGGGGUUUUGGAUAUCUAUUGAGUUGGUGAUCACGGUUAGCCAGAUUGUGGCGUCUCUUGUUGUUCUGUCUGUGUCAAGGCAUGAGCAUCCGCGUGCCCCCUUGUUUGCGUGGGUUGUUGGUUAUGCAUCUGGGUGUGUUGCUACGCUUCCUUUGCUCUAUUGGCGUUAUUAUCAUAAUUGUCGCAUUCGGGAGCACGAGUUGUCUCAGGCCUCUCAGAGGAGUAAUGAUUCUUCAGGGACACUUCUUUCUGAUUCUGUUGCAAUUGGAGGGGGAGAUGUUCUGGCGUCCUCCAGAAGCAAUCAGGACUCGUCGUGGCUGAUGAAUGCAAGCAGAUUGAAGGUACUUGUGGAAUACUUCAAAAUUGCUGUAGAUUGCUUUUUUGCUAUAUGGUUCGUUGUUGGUAAUGUAUGGAUUUUUGGAGGACAUUCAUCUAAUAAUGAAGCGCCUAACUUGUACAGGUUAUGUGUAGUGUUUCUUACUUUUAGCUGUAUCGGUUAUGCUAUGCCUUUCAUUCUAUGUGCAACAAUUUGCUGCUGUCUGCCUUGUAUAAUUUCCAUCCUUGGAGUUAGAGAGGAUAUAACACAAACCCGAGGUGCAUCCUCUGAAUCGAUUAAUGCUCUGCCAACUUAUAAGUUCAAAAUGAAGAAAAAUAAGAACAAAGAGGAAAUCAACUCAGCUGUUGGUGAAGGUGGAGUUGUGGCUGCAGGAACUGAAAAGGAACGAAUGAUCUCUGGAGAAGAUGCAGUUUGCUGCAUCUGCCUGGCAAAGUAUGAAAAUAAUGAUGAGCUGAGAGAAUUGUCUUGUUCUCAUCUUUUUCACAAAGACUGUGUCGACAAGUGGUUGAAGAUAAAUGCUUUAUGCCCCCUUUGCAAGAGUGAGGUUGGUGAGAACGUAACAAGAUCAGUCUCUAGGGAAGAGGCCAACCAACAUCAGGGUGAAAGCAGUGUUGAGAAUGGCCUCACUAAUACCUCAUUGUGAUGUAGUUUAUAUACAUACAGUCAUAUGCAGUCUUUUGUGUUGUAAAGCUUUUCCUUUGCCGCCAACUCUUCCUUUGAUGGAUGUAUGAUCCUUAGGUCAUUCAUUCCAUUUCAUUUUUGUUCAUAUGUUAACUUGCUGGAACUUAAGUUUGGCUGAUACGUGGAUAUGGCCUUCUGUAUCCUGCUGUCUAUGCAGCUGAAUUAUAAGUGAAUGGAAAUGAUACUUGCAGAGGUUUUGUUUCAAAUAGCUCACAAAGUUCAAGAGAAAGGGAAAACAAGAAAAAGAAUGAUAGAGAGCAGAUUUGUGAAUGUGAAUAUCAGAAGAAAAGAAGUAAUACAUGUAUACAACUUGUACAACGAAGAGAGAGAAAUUUAAAAUGUAAUAAAUGAUUUUUUGAGGUA